GCAUGCGUCGGUAUUCUCUCCCUCAUGCUGCUUGCUGCUUGCGUCUAAAAUCUGGCCACACUGAUGUACAUGCGUACAUUUUUCAGCAUGGUUACGUGUAUAGUUAUGUGCAGCGGUGUAAAACAAUAAUAAAAUUAAUUUUAUAGUUGGGAUUAAUUACAAUUAAUCUUUGAAAUUGUUAAUAACAAAGGAAAAUUGAAUUUUAAAAUGCAGAAAUUUAGAAAAGCUCAAGUGCAAAAUAAAUUGUCUAUUGAAAGACAUUUGGAAGCCAACGCAUCAUUAAAUUACUCUAGUGAAGAGGAAGAUGAAACAAAUGAGGAAGAUGUCCAAAAUGUAGUGGACAAAGUAUUAUCGGCAUACCAGGGACAAGGCACAGAUGCAGAAAAAGUGAUAUCAUAUCUAGUUAAUUCUUUUCAAUCUAGCAGUGCAGUUUGUUUGAUAUGUAUAUCAACUGUCAAAAAAAUAGAUCCGAUUUGGAAUUGCAACAAAUGCUAUGCAUUUUUACAUAUGAAUUGCAUUUUACAUUGGAUUAAUGACAGUUUGAGUUAUAAACGGGCUAAAAAUAUUACUCCAAUCUGGGCAUGCCCAAAAUGUCGUAUGGAAUAUGACCAGGAUCAGAUUCCAAGAUCAUAUGAAUGUUUCUGUAAAAAAACUGCGGAUCCUCCACAUCAACCAUGGAUUAUUCCACAUUCCUGUGGCGAGAGCUGCGGCAAGCUCUUACAACCAGAAUGCGGUCAUAAAUGUGUGUUGCUUUGUCAUCCUGGUCCAUGUCCACCAUGUGCAAAGAUGGUGUUGGUUAAAUGCUACUGUGGCAAACUACCAGCACAGCCACGUCGUUGUAAUGCUAAAAGCUGGAGCUGCCAAACUGUAUGUGACAAAAAAUAUGAAUCUUGCUCACACACUUGCAAUAAUUUAUGUCAUACUGAAGAAUGUCCACCUUGUGAGGAAAUUGUACUACUGAAAUGUCGUUGCAAGAGCAGUCAAAAGGAAGGAAAAUGCUACGAAAGUACAUGGAUCUGCGAGAAACCUUGUAAGAAAAGAUUUUCUUGUAAUGUACACAUUUGCGAGAGUACUUGUCAUUCAUCCGGCGAUUGUGGUAACUGUCCCCUGGAGAAAAAUAGAUGUUGCCCAUGUGGAAAGAAACGUUAUGACGUUUCCUGCAGACAGCAGCAAGUGCCAACGUGUGGUGACACUUGCAGCAAAUUGUUAGACUGUGGAUCACAUUUCUGCAACAUGAGAUGCCACACCGAUCGCUGUGGUCAGUGUUUGGAAGUUAUAACAAAAGCAUGCAAAUGUGGCAGCUAUACAAAAGAGAUCGCCUGUGUGAAAGAAUUUCACUGCAACAAGAAAUGCACACAGAUGCGCUUGUGCGGCAGACAUCUGUGUAACAGAAAGUGUUGCGAUUGUAUAUUGAAGAACACAUCCAAUCCUUGCGAGAAGACGUGCGAGAACACGCUUAAUUGUCGUAAGCACAAGUGUGCCGCUCCUUGUCACAGCGGCCCUUGCUAUCCGUGCACCAGGACGGAUGUCAUACAAUGUCGAUGCGGCAGCAACAAGAUAACAGUGCCAUGCGGUACCAAAAAAAGAAUUAAGCCACCAUCAUGUAAUAAGUCCUGCAAGAUUCCACCAAUCUGUCAUCAUACCAAGAGGGAAACGCACAGAUGUCACCAAGGCCCGUGUCCACCGUGCAAGAAAGUUUGCGGCUUGAUAUACAAGAGAUGCGGUCAUUCUUGCCCAGCUACUUGUCACACUAAAGUCUGGAUGAAAGUCAGAGUGAACGGGGUAAAGGCGCAACCUACCGGCCCCUGGGAAAAACCAAAAGAUGUUAUGGAAUUGAAAACCUUACCAUGUCCACCGUGCGAAAUUUCUGUGCCCGUGACCUGUUUCGGUGGUCACGAGACACAGCCUUGGCCAUGCCACAUGUCAAGACCAAGUUCUUGUGGCAGAUUUUGCGGCCGAUCACUGUCGUGCAAGAAUCAUACUUGCGAGUUGACUUGUCACAAAGUACAAGCUUCUGACGACGAAUCUGGCAACGGUAUUCCAUGCAUGGAAUGUGAAAAGGAAUGUCAAUUCGCACGUCCAACAGGUUGCACGCAUACCUGCCCGCAACCUUGUCAUCCAGCACCAUGUAAACCAUGCAAGCAGUUAGUGCGAAUCUCCUGCCACUGUGGUAUUAGCACCCUUUACCGGCAUUGUGUAAACCUGACGUCCGCAACAACUAAGGAGCGCGACGAAUUGCUCAAAUGUGGAAACCAAUGUCCUAAAAAUUAUCCAUGCGGCCAUCGUUGUAUUAACGAUUGCCAUCCGGGAGUAUGCAAAGGCGGGGAAGAAUGCAACAAGAAAGUCAGAUUAUGGUGUAAGUGUAAACGGAUCAAGAAAGAUUUUCUUUGUUCCUUUCUACAAAAGGAACAAAUUACUGUAGAGUGCGACAAUGUGUGUGAAUCAUUGAAGAAUGAAAGAAAAGAGGCCCAAGAGGCUAUGAUAGCAAAGAAGCGAGAAGCGGAAGAAUUGCGCAAUCGGGAAGAGAUCGAAAAAUUCGAGAAAAAGUUCAAGCCACGGCGAAAGAAAAAAGACAAGAAUGAAAACUCGAAACAGUCCCAAGAGAGUAUGAGAAACAAAUAUUGGAGCAUGUGGAUUUUAGCGAUUGCCAUAAGUCUUAUAGGUAUUAUAAUAGUGUACGUGACUGCUCCUGAUCUAAGUAUACUUGGUCUGAGCUGAUUCUAUAAACUGAUUCCAAAUUUAUAAUCGUUUAUAAUAACGAACUGAUCCUAAAUUUAUAAAUUAUUUAUAAUUUAUGGAUAAACGAAAAGAGGCUCUGUGAUGUAUCAGUGUUUAUAUAGAAACUAUUAUGAUAAACAAUUCCAUUUAUCUAGUUUAUAUUAUCAAUGGAAGUAGUUGUAAUUGUGACAUUCUUUACAUAUUACACAUUUAUAGCCAAUAAUAGAGGCCUAAUAAUCGUUUGAAGAAAAUCAAUUUUUAUUUCAAAGAUUUGAAGAUGUGUAAUUUUGACAUACUUUUACGGUAAUUUUAAUAAUAGCUUAACAUAUAUGUAUAUGAUAGAAUCCAAAGAAUUUUAUUUUAAGAUAAUAUAUAAAUUGUAUUUACUAAGUGCAGACUUAAUAUUGAAUGUGUAUCUUACUAAAUAUUCUGAUAUUGUCAUAUUAUAUGUGAGAAGAUGAUACAUCAAUCAUAUAGGACUUAAGUAUGUUUAAAAAUGAAGAAACUAGAAUAAAAUUGAAAUUAAUUAGGACAACUACAUAAUAAAAGAUGUAAGAUUUUUAUUUUAAAUUAGUUUCUUUUAAUAUUAAGCAUAUUAGAUACGGACAUUCCAAGAUUUAAAAGUUCACAUUUUUGUAAGAAACACAAGAUGCAUUUUUGAAAAAAUAAUGCUUUCAUAAUAAAG